AUGAUGAGUGUAGAAAUUUGUUAUAAUCUUCUAUGGAAAGGCACUGGGAUAAAUAUGUCUAAACGUGACGGAAAUGAUCGAAAUGAAAAAAAAUUAGACUCUGGCGACUACGAAAAUUUAAUAUCGCAACAUAGUAUAUUUGAGUCGUCAAGAUCUAAACAUCAAGAAUUGCCUAGUUUUCCCGGAUUUUCGAACGCCGAAACUCAAACGAAACCAAGCGAUAUAAAAGGACAGUCAGUGCAAUCAGGUUUGGGAGCAUGGCAUUACAAUCCCUGGUGGAUGUUAGCAGGCACAUCACGUGGUGUUCAAUCACAAGAUGAUUUUUCAGAAAAUAGCGAUCAAGCUAAAAUCAAACAAGAGCCCAGUGGAGCUGGUACUCCAGAUGAUGAUCCGCUACAAAGUGAUUUAGAACAUUAUCAAACAGCGACACCACCUAUAGGAUUAGAUUCAUUUUGUGAUGAUUGUUCAGACCCAUUUUGUGAUUCCAGUGCAGCCAUAUGUCGUAAAUUAUUUCACUGUCCUCAUUGUAGAAAGAGCUAUCCUACCAUACUUGAAUUUAACACACAUUUGACAGGAGUACAUCCGGCACAAAAACCUUUUAGAUGUCAAAUUUGUUUGGAACCCUUUCAUAAGAAAUCUCAUUUAAGACGGCAUUUAGAUGCAAAUCACUCACGUAAAGAUGUCAACAAGUGUUCUGUUUGUUCAAAAUAUAUUAAAGAUAAGAGCAAUUUACGCAAACAUAUGCAGGUUCAUACAGGACGGGUACCUCAGAAGCAAUUUAAAUGUGAUCUUUGUAACAAUAAACGUUACAUGUCACUUGACAGACUUAAUAAUCAUAAAGUGGUGUGCACCGGAGAGAAAAUACUAAAAUAUUGUGACAUGUGUACAAAAGUGUUUGAUAACUCAAGAUCAUUAAACAGUCACAAAAAAGUUCAUGCAAGAGAAUUGAAGUGUGAAAACUGUGGUGAACAGCUACGUUCAUUGGAACAAUUUACAAAUCAUAAAAUGAUUUGUACAUGUGCAUCCUCUGACAUAGCUGGCAUUAGUGGAUCAACUGGCACUAGUACGGCAUCUAUGAACCGUUGUUGUACCCAACCUGGUUUGUGUGAGCAUGAUAAACCAGCCUAUCUUAACAUACCUGGGUAUGCUGCAGGCCGAGUAAUCGAUGCAACACUUUCAUCAUUAAAGAAUGAGAUGAACUGA